AUGUCAUAUCGGGAGAAGUUAUCAUUGAGAGCAGCUGCAAAACACGUGCUAGAAGGCUCACGUAGCUACCCGGCUCCGAAGGAUGGAGAGGCGUCCACGUCAUUGACCCUUUUCACAGAAACUCCUUGCUUCGAGACCUUCGCUACUCGUCUAACGGAAAACCAGGCACAGAUGAAGUACGAGGAGGACAUCCGUGUUGGCGAUGUCAUUCUGGCCAAAGUCAAGAGAUUUGAUGCGGCCGGAGCUUUCGUGAAGCCCCUUUGUACGAUGGUGCGUAUCAAAAGGGAUUUGGAGUGGCUCGAUAUCCAGUUAGUCGCCCCGGUCAACCCUCUACAGCGACGUUUCAAUACUGGUGAAAAGGUGAUCGUCGAUGUGCUGGCUCUCAACCCGAUCAAAAUAUCCAUUCGCGAUGCACCUCCGGCUGAAUGUGUACCACCUCCAUACUUUAGCGACCUACAAGACGUCGAAGGGGUGCCAUUCUGGAAGUGGGCGUCAAAGGGACCUGAGCAGAAUCCCUACCUGGAGGAGGCUCUUCGGAUGCCAACACGUUGCCCGUUGACUUUCUUGAGAAUCCCGGGACUUGAUAAGGAUGUGGCGGAAUCGUCGGCUAUCCUGAGGAAACGUCAGAACCGGGAUAUGGCGAUGGAAGCAGUAGCACGCGGUGUUCAAGCUCUGAAAGACGGUGGCGGGCUCCUUGGUGCCGUCCCAUUAUUCAACAAAGCCAUCGAAUACAAUCCCGAAUGCGUCGAAGCCUUUGUAGCUCGAGGAGCAGCUUAUGCGAAUGAGGAUCAACUGGACAAGGCGGUGGAAGACCUUGAAGUUGCGAUCUCCCUCGAUCCGGUGGCCAAGAAUGCGUCGAUAUAUCUUUUGGAAGUGUUAUUGAAGCUCGCGAAUCGUCUAAUCGAGGAGGGCGAGAAAAAUGAAGCUAUCGUAAAGCUAACACGAUGUCUUGAUCUUGAUUCCGCUGAUCAACGAAUUGACCCAUUGUUGAAGCAGCUCGGCGUGGACCGAUCAAAAGAUAACAGUCGCCGCAGUCCUAGCGUAGAAAUCGUUGAUGCACCACGGGGCGGAUCAAUGAAUGGCGAGCGAAAGCGCCACCAAGAAGACGAAAUGUCCGAUUUCAACAAGGAAAAACGGCGACGCGAGGAGCAGGUGGAGCGUGAGAAGGAGAAGCAGGCGAAUCGCGAGAAGCUGAUGGAAUUCGAGAAAUUUAUUGCCGCUAUGAAGAAUACU